UGUGCGUGCGAGCGCGCUCGUCGUCGUUUGUGUGCGGCGUAAAAGUUGUAGGCAUUCGGCCGGCGGGCGAAUAGUGAAAUUUUACACACGCACCGAACGAAAAUCCACACAACGCCGCCGCCGCCGCGUGUCGUUUUUUUUUUUUCGUUGUGCCGGCGAAGAGCGUCUCGGCGGGGUCGGCAACUCGUAGUCGUACCGUGUUCUUCUCGUGCGGUACGUGCAGUGUAUCAGUCGCAAUAUCGUCGUCGACCUGCGCGCAGUGCGGCGUAUAUAGUGUUGCAGCAGCAGCAGCAGCAGCACCAGUAGCAACACGAAAAUAAUAUUAUAAUAUUGUUUUGCUCGUAAUACCACCGUAACUCGUAAUAACAUACACUUCGUACCUAUAUAGGAAGGUUGGUAAAAAAAAAAUUUGAUCGGUUCGCGUUAUAGUAAUAUUUUCACCUCGGGAUCACCGCAUCUUUACCUACGACUUAACAGGCGGUGACGGCAUCGAACAGAGAUAUUUUGAGAUUUUCACGGAACGUAUAAGCGUCAACAUUUCGAAGCUCGUGGGAAAAUCCAAUAAUGUGGUGGCCCCGGCCACGGUGGAAGAGUGACAUUUUCACACGUUUUGUGCUAUUAUUAUUAUUCAUCAUCACAACCAUAACUACGAAAAACUCAGUGAUGGCAGACGAAGGACAGCAGCAUUGCGGCUCGAGUAAUAUGUCCGCUGUGGUAUGGACAACUUUCCUCUGCACUAUGUUAUUGAUUUUGGCAAUUGUUGCGAUAUAUUUUAUUUACUGUAAGAGAAGAGAACAUGACUGGUCAUCGUUAUGGUGGAAAAGCAAUUCAGACAAAAAUCUCGUACUACAAACAUCGGCUCCUGUGAAAAAUCAUCAACUAAAAAAUGGUGGCACUGAUAAUCCAGCAUUUUCAGUGGAUGCUUAUAAUAGUGACUGCGUCACUAAAAAGGGAUUGACUAGAGUCGUGCGCGUGUCCUCGUCGUCUUUAAGCGAAGGGUCGCUGGAAAAUGAAUUGUCAUUAAAAGAAGAAGAUGGCAAAAAAAUCUAUAUGUGUAAACAUAACGAUGGAUCAAAAGAUCAAUUGGUCUCGUUGCGGUUGGUGUUUGAUAAGGGGCCACAACAACAGAGCAGACCUCCAGCCUCGGAUCUGAGUCGUUCCCUGGUCGAGCUGAGCCGCAAGUACGGGUUGCACAUCGAACUGGAAACCGAGGGGGAAGCGGCCCCGGGAAAACCGGAAAAAUGCGCGGACGACAGUGCGGCGAAAUGUGGGAAAUCGAGCUUACUGUCGACCGUCUGCGGACAAGCUCAACGUCUGUGGAACCAGAGACAAACGGUGUUCAAAGGGGGCGAAAGUGGUAACCGUGGCGUGGACGCGGAAAAGGACGUCGUGGACGGCGACGUGGAAAGCGGCCGCGUGGACGCGGUCCUCGCGGGAAAGGCGGCGCCGCCGGUUCAGAGCUCUCCGUGUACGGUGACGACGGUCAGCGAAACCGCGGAAGUCGAACGGCCAGCCAGGAAUCACGGCGGAUCGUUGCGCUACCGCACUCUUGAGUACGGUGCAUCGGCCGCCGACGCCGAAGCGCAGUCGUCACCGGACAGUGGCGUGCAGUGUUGCACGGUAAAUCCGUCGGAAAGCGUCCGCACGCAGUCGGACAAGGACGCGACCGCCGCGUUGACGGUGACCGUCGACAGAGACGUGACGGCAGUGGCGGCAGCUGCAUCGGAGAAGGAUAAAACAGUGCUGCAGGCAGCCGCGGAAUCGGUUAAAGACGCGGUGGCGGACAAGGACGAAGGUGUCAAAGCGGAAAAAGACAAAGCGGUGCCGGACGACAAAAACGCGACCGUCCCGCCUUUGAAAACGGUCGACGUCGACGACGACGACGGCGGCAGCAGACCAUUGCAGGUGACGGUAGCAAAACCCGCGGUGCAGAAAAACGGCGACGAACCGAAACACGCUAACCCGCCGCCACCGCCGCCGCCGCGCAAGUACAGCGCGCCGGUAGCGCCUCCGACUGUUCCGGUGACGCGGGCCACUGCAGCCGUCGCCUGUACCGCAGCCGCACCGGAACCGACGUCGGUUCCGGUCGCUGUCUGUGCCGAGCCGACUAAGCCGUCCACGGCCGCGCCGCCCAAGCCGUCCACCGCCGCGCCGCCGAUCAGCGAAAUCCGAGUGGACGACGACUAUUACUGGUGCACCACGACCGCCAUGGCGCCGCCACCAAUGUCGACGUUCGGGAAACGACCGUCGGUCGAAAUCGGCGCCGGCGACGGUGGUGCAGUGAUCGGCAGCGGUGGUGCAGUGAUCGGCAGCGGUGCAGGUGCAGCUGCAGCCGAAACGACGACUGCUGCAGUAAUCGGCGGCGGCGAUGCAGUCGCGACAGAGAAGACUGCUGCAGUAAUCGGCCACAAGGAGGCGGCCGCCGCCGCUGCCGUGGCCGCGCUCGUGGCGGACGACGGCCGAGACGUGGUGGUCGGCGCCACGACCAGUAUCGAAGACGCGUCGUUGCCGUCGUUUUCGUCGGACGAAGAAGAGGACGACGAGGACAAUAAUUGCAACAACAACGCGUUGGCCGCCGACAAGUCGAAAUUCCCGCCGUGUGUCGAUGACACGUCGACGAUGAACGGAACAGGAAUGGUGGUCGGUAAAGACACGAGCGGCGGAAACGUCGCAAAGACCGAAUGCAACGGAGUGUUACUAAACAACAACAACAACAACAACAACAAGAAUAAAAACAACAUUAAAAACAUUUGCGUCGACGUCGAUGACGCGCCGCCCUCCGCGGCCGAACCCAAAUCGCCCGUCACAAAGCUGCCCACCCUGCGGCUGUCGCUGUCCUCGCCGCUGCAGUCGUCCGCCGCCGCGACGUCGUGCUGUUCGUCGUCAGCGUCGUCCACGUCGUCGACUUCGCCGUCGCCCACCAACAGCAGCUUCAGCAACUCGCCGAUCGUGUCGAAAAUACCGGUAAGGCGGCAGUCCGCCGGCAGCGGCUUGACGGCCGUUUCCUCGCCGCCGCCGCCGCUCGCAAACGGCACCCCGAAGAAAUCCAUUCCGUUACCGUUGUCCAGGAGCGGUUCCCGAUUGGCAAUGUGGUCCUCGGCCAACUGACCUGGGAACGGGGAAACCGCUGCAGUUAUUACGAAGAUUCGUAUGACGUUUGUUUAGCAUUGUACACGCGCAUCGAAUACCACCAACAUUAUAAUUUUAAAUAUUAUAUAUAUCAUUUAAUAUAUAUUAUAUACUAUGUGUGAAUUUUUUUUUUUUUAUUAUUUUAUUAUUUAUUUUAAAUAUACUAUAUACCUAUAUAUUUGUAAAAAAAAAAAACAAAAAAACUAUUUUACUCUCUGCGAAUUAUAUAUUAUAAUAUAUAAUUUUAAAUCAUUAUAAUAUCAUUUAUAUUAUUGUAUUUUCGUCUAUAUAACAUCAUAUAUUAUAUGUAUUAUUGGAAUGAAAGAAUAAACAAACAAAAUAUAAACAAA